AUGGAAGGAGAGAAGAUGAAGAAGAAGAAGGAGAAUGGAAAUGUAGCACAAGAGUUGGAGAUUGCGUUUGUGAUGCUGGGCACAAUUUUGCUUGUAGCUGGUCUGAAACACGCCCUGACAUCCCUUCUCGAGCAAUGGCGCGCUCUGGUUUUCCUUCUACUCAAUCUCGUCCUCUUAAGCAUCCUUUUCGUGUCCAUUCACUCCUCCAAGUCGGGUACCCACAGAAGCACCACAGACUGUAACUUUGAUGCCCGAUUCAUCAUCAACAACAACAACAAGAGCAAGAAGCGGUGUAGUGAGUCGGUGACGGCGAAAGUAGAGUUGCACAACCACUUGGGUGAUGGUGAAGGUGAAGACGCCGCCAUAUUCACGGAGCCUGUCGACGACGGCGAAGGCUCUCGGCUGUCAAAGGAAGAGUUCAACGCGAAGGUGGAAGCUUUCAUCGUGAUGUUCAGGCAGCAACUGGCUUUGGAUGCCAAGGGGAGAGGCCGCUGCUACUUGGCUUCCGGUUCCAGGCUUGAUCCAACUCCUCCACUCGGCGUGGUCGCGUAG